GACAACAUCGCAGAAAAACGCAUGAGACAACGCGCUAAAAGUAGCGUCUAUCCGUUUCCUAGCGGCUUUAACCUCCGUCUGCCGUUUCUCCGUCUAUCGUCCGGGGCUCGGUGCAGAUGCCGACGAAGUAUCGUGGAUGAGUGCGAGUCAUGAGAAAGAUCGCGGUAGUGCUUGCUGCAGUGGCGGUGGCUAGCGCCCUUCUUGGAGUUGGCUGCUCCUUGCCGAGGCGUCACCACAGAAAGCUAGGCAGGCGCAACCAUGCGUCCGCCACGCUGCCUGCAGGGUCAUCGAAUGAUCAACGCAACACAAUGUCAAGCAGUAUUACGGCACAUAAUGAAACGACAGCAAAAGGUGACUUGGACACGUCGCACUUUGGCUGCAACGAGUUGCGCUCAAAGAGGUACAUAUCCGAUGGAUAUUGCACGUCUGUUAAACCAGUGACUGAUGUGGUGUGUUCUGGCCACUGCUUCUCGUUGAAGAAGAUGCCUUGGUACGCCCAGAUACAGAAAGUGUGGGCGAACUACAAGGCGAAGGAAUGGCGCUGUGUGGAGGAUAAGGUGUCGCGUCGCCGAGUCCACCUGCUCUGCAACAAGGGCGAGCAGCGAUCGUACAAAAUAAAGGUGGUGAAAAGUUGUAAAUGCAAAAGAUAUAACAAGAGACACAACAUGUCGCGGAUUCCGCGCCGACCCGGUGACCCGGAUGUCGAAGACGCGAGACGGCAGCGUAAGCAGAGUCGGCACAGCAGAGUGAAGAACGAGUAACAGUCUGCAGGGCGUUGCAACAGCGAUCAUUGUAUAUUCUGAACGAUAUAUAGCGGGGCAGGCGCGGUGGAAAGAGAGAGAGCGGCGGAGAGAGAGAGAGAGCGGCGGAGAGAGGGAGAGAGAGAGAGAGAGAGAGAGAGAGAGAGAGAGAGACGGCGUCACCAGCGCAGCCUCGAUUCGAUUGGCGUCGUUUGCACGCUAGGUGGCGAUGCGACAGUCCGCCGACCGGCUUAGCCAAUCACAGGGCAGCUACGUGCUGCCGUCUACCAUAUGAGAUCCGGUUUGGCGGCAGACGUGGAGAGGCGAGCGACAACCUUGCCUAGAUUGUUUGCUGUGCAGUUUCUUAUUGCAACUGCGAAAGCAUGGUUUAGGCAUGGGACCCUUAACAGUACACGCACCACAGUGCUACUACCAACUGCCACACGUGUAAUAUAUCGUAAAAGUUUGGAAAGCAACUAUUCUCUGUCAUAGUUGUAUGUUUUUUUAAGUUAAGUUUGGCCUUAGUGUGAUUUUGUAAUCUUCACGGGCAGACCAAUAUUUAAUACGCAAGUCCAUGUGUCUAAAUUAAAGCAACUGGUUACAUAAUAACCAUUUUGGAGCCGAUUAGUAUUGACGUUGUGUUGUAUAAUACGGUGACAAGUUUGUUUAUUCGAAUUCCAUGCAAAUGGUAUAGAUUCGUAUACCGAUAGUUGUAUUAGAUACGUUAGCAACACAUCCAACAAGAGUAUGUAUGUUGUUUAUACCACGUUAGUGCGAAUUGUAUAGGCUGGUAAGUACAUAUAGCACCACCGCUUUGCGCGCGCACGAGUGUCCCUUUCGAAAAGAGACUGGUAACCUGUCACUAGAUUUCGUCUCCUCAUCUCCAUUUUUUUAUAUUUCUUUUUGUUUCUUCAUACGUUCUUGUUUCUUUUCUUCACUUUGUGAUAGUCAACGACUAACGACAGCUCAAUCAGGGAAGCGAACAAAGUCUAGUAAUCAAAUAAUUGGCCCAUUCAAGAGUUUAAUAGUACAUAUAGAGUUCUUAUCAAUUAUACUUAUAACUUGUCGUAAACAACAUGGUAUUAUCUAAAUAUGCAAUGAAUGAAAAAAUUGCGAUUCAUUACCAGGUCAAUGAACGCCAUGACAUUUUAACAUAAUUAUACAUAGAGUUUCUUUAUAUCGAAAAGUACUGUUUAGCACUCUCUAUUUGGAUUUUGCGAAUAACCAACAUUUAUACAUUCGACGUUAUCUGUCUCUAUUCGUGUCGCCAUUGGUAUCUCUAGUAGUGAAGAGACAUAUAGGACCGGUCUACUGGCAAAGCUGAUAAAUGCAGACAGUUUGCGCAUCGUGGUGGCGCCGUAUUUAUGUACAGCGUUAGAAUUAGAAUGUUAAAACAAACUACGCGACAGAUUAUAGUCAUUCUCUUGUUGGAUACAUUGUUGAUGCACGGCGUUAUAGCAAAUAUGGCGACCAUAGUAACACGAGAUCUGUGUCUAUUCUACGUAACGCCAUCGUGUGGGAAUCUUCAUUGUGAUGGUCUGAUGUCGCAUUAAUAUCAUCCUUGCAUCCCGCGUUAUUUUUUAUUGUGUAAAUUGUGCUGUCUAUUAAAACAAGAAGAUGAAAGUAAAAAAACAAA